AUGGCAGAGGGUGCUGUUUUGAAGUAUGGCGAGCGCCAAGUUCGGGGAAUCUUCCGAAUGAAUUGGAUGCUCAAACCGGUGACUGCUCUUCUGUGCAAGAUUGAACAGUCCACACUUGUGAUAAACGAUCUCCCGUGGUAUGAGUCGGGAAAAGACGACCUCUCUAACGGUACCAUGAACACGAUGGAGCUAUUUGGUAUCCCAUUCAGGGAUGACUACCAUGCUUUGAUAGCAUGGUCAUCCAAUUCUACCCCAAAUUUUGCAGAUCAAAGUUUUUUCCAAGGGAUCUUUUCAGAUGGCCUUAUAGUCAUCGAGAAGAUGUUCAGAGAGAAGGCUGGGGCUCAUAUAUCCGACGUAGCUUUGGCAAUGUACCGGCAUAGCUAUGACAUAGAUAAUUUGAAACAGAUUGUUAUCUGUGACAUCGUCAAUGUUGACACCGUUGAGUUCUUCCAGGAGGAUCUGUACAUAGGAAAAAACAAUCUUGAUUACAGUGGAAAUGCAGGUGUUCAGAAUUGGCCACACCCCACGCCAGAAUACUUAGCUCUACUAGCAACUGAAAUCUGCUCGGUGGGGGUGAAUAUAGUCCUUGGGGCGUGGCCUCGUGGCACUCACUAUAUUGCCAACAUCCAGACCUCUGUGGGAGGCCGGCCCGGGGACUCGAAGAUCAACAUCCUGAUGGAGGUUGCCAAAAUACCCACAGACCUGACCAAGAUGCCUCAGUUGGCUAAGGAGACCAAAGCUGCCCUGCUCGAAGCUAUGGACAUGGACCCUCAUGUCUUGGACUCUGGGUCGAGCAAGGGUACAGAAUCGGGCCAGACUUCAGUGUCGGGCAAGAAUUCGGAGUCGAGUAAGGGCAAAGCAUCUAAGAAACGCAAGUCAGAAGAAUCAGAGGAAUUGGAAGGAUCGGAGACAUCAGCAAAAAAGAAGAAGACAGAAGUGUCCAAGAAACGUAAGGCAGAAGGAUCGGAGGUAGAGGUAGGGGGUGGAGCCAAAAAGAAGAAGGCAGGUGAGCCUCGGAAAUCAGGAAGAAUCGCCAAGAAGGAAGUAGAGAAGGCAGAAAAUGAGGCAGGAUAUGAUUCACAAAUGGAGGUGGAUGAGGGAGACGAAAUGGAUGUGGAUGAAGAGCAGACGCCGGCGAAGCCAGCCAAAAAGAAGACGCCAAGAAGAGCUCCAGUGCCGAAAAGAGGUCGCGGUAGGUAA